GCUCGGAGCUGCUUUGCCUUUCUUUUUGGCCUUCCAGAGCCUCUUCGGCACCUGACCGUGUUUCUGUGUCGAUUUCUUGUGUGCUGCAGAGAGAGAGAGAGAGGACGCACAAUGUUCACUCUGCUUGUGUUCCUGCUUUGUGCAGCCUCGUCCGUCUCUGUCACGGGUGCUGCUGCUGCUGGACCCCGACUGAACAACGACCAGCUGUACAAAUUCAGCUACACCACCGAUGUGCUGGUGGACAGAAUCAGGGGAUCAAACAAGGGAAGCGCCGGCUACAGGAUCUCAAGCGAUGUGGACGUCAACCUAGUGUGGAGAGAUCCCAGCAAUGAAGACAACCAACUCAUUCAACUGGCGAUCUCAAAUGUGAGGAUUGAGAAUGUGUCGCGUAAAUCACAGAAGAAGAACGUCCUCCAUGGAUCCACAACAGAAAGUGUUUUGGGGAAGACCAAUCUAGCAGCUCUGAGCAAACCUUUCUUGGUGCAUCUAAGAAAUGGAAAGACUAAAGCAUUUUACAGCUACCGGUCCGAACCUGCAACCAUCAAGAACCUUAAAAGAGGACUGGCCAGCUUGAUGCAAGUACAGCUCAACACUGGGAAGGUUAUUGAGAACGACGUGUCAGGAAGGUGCACAGUCGAGUACAAGGCAGCCAAAGGUCAAGUGACGAGAACCAAGAACCCGGAGACGUGCAAGACCCCAGAGACAGGAUUCACCACACACAGCCAGGUCUUGGGUGUGAGCGGGAAGUCCAGUUCUGUUACAACAUUCACUUUUGAAGAUGGUUUCAUCCGCUCCGCCUCUGCUGAAGAAACACAUUCACUAGCCGUGAACUCUCGCAGAUCUGCUGCAGCCAAAGUCAUGUCCAGGCAAACCCUGACAUUGGUAGGCGUUGAGGGUGGACCGCUGGAGGCUGCAGGAAAAGAUGUGUCUGGUGUUGUCAAGUCAAUUGAUCCCAAACUGGCAGCUGUUGGCAUCAUUGCUGAAAAGGUCAAAUCACAGUGCAAGGGCUGCCCAUCACUUUUUGAACAUUGGCAGGCUCUACAGAAGCAGCUGGAGCCGGCGAGCCUGUCCAAAGCCACGGCUCCUCGCAGCUUCCUGGCUCUCAUCCAGAGCAUUAGGAAGGCGUCCAAGGACGAGAUCCUCAAAGUGCUGAAGAGUGCCAGCAAGACAUCUCUACCUCAGGUGGUGGAUGCGGUGACCUCCUCCCAGACUGUUGCAUCUCUGGAUGCCAUGCUUGAGUUCCUUAACUUCACCGAUGCCAAGGGUUUGGUUCUGCAGGAGAGGUUUCUCUACGCAUGUGGCUUCGCUUCGCACCCCAACGAGAGGAUGCUCCGGGCUCUGCUGGAUAUUUCCAAGGGAAAGAUCGGCAGUACUGACAUCAAAGAGUCAGUGGUGAUCAUUAUGGGAGCCCUGGUCCAUAAGCUGUGUCAGAAAGGAGGCUGCAACUUACCGACGGUGGAGCAGGUGAAGGAGCUGAUUUUAGUCGGCCCUGACAGCACCCAGGUGGAGUCUGAGGUCCAGAUGUAUCUCCUGGCUCUGAAGAACUCCAUGCUUCCUGAGGCCAUUCCCAUCUUUACCAGAUACGCUGAGUCAGAGGUUGGAGCUUACAGCACCAUCGCCCUCACUGCCCUGCAGAGAUACAACUCAGAUCUCAUGACCGAAGAGGUUAAACAGACAGUGAACAGGGUUUACCACCAGAACCGACGGAUCUAUGAGAAAAAUGUGAGAGCCGCGGCUGCUGAUGUCAUCCUCAGCAGCAACCCUUCAUACACCGAGGUCAAGAAUCUGCUUUUGUCUAUCGGAAACCUGCCUCACGAAAUGAACAAAUACAUGCUGUCCAAGAUCCAGGACAUCCUCCGUUUCCAGCUGCCCGCAAGCAAAGUUAUAACACAAGCUAUGAAGGAUAUGAAUUCCCACAAUUACGACCGCUUUUCAAAGGUUGGGUCAUCGUCUGCUUACUCUGGAUUCAUGGCACAAUCUGCUGAUGUAACCUCUACAUACAGUUUGGACAUCCUGUACUCAGGCUCCGGGAUCCUGAGGAGAAGCAACAUGAAUAUUUAUGGUGCUAGUAAAGGAGCAAUGCUACAUGGAUUACAGGUUGCCAUUGAGGCUCAGGGUCUGGAGUCACUGAUUGCUGCCACACCUGAUGAGGGAGAGGGAGACUUGGAAUCGUUCGCUGGGAUGUCUGCUCUACUUUUUGACGUCCAGCUUCGACCAGUCACUUUCUUCAAGGGUUACAGUGACCUCAUGUCCAAGAUGUUCUCCAUGACCGGGGAGCCCAUGAAUGUAGUGAAGGGACUCAUCCUGCUGACUGAUCACUCUGAGGUGAUCCAGCUGCAGUCUGGGCUGAAGGCGAGCGCAGAGUUCCAAGGAGGGUUGGCCAUCGACAUCUCUGGAGGCAUGGAGAUCAGUCUGUGGUACAGGGAGUCCAAGACCAGUGUCAACAACAGGGCCGCAUUAGUGGUUACUGGCAACGUUACGGUGGACAUGGACUUCAUGAGAGCCGGUGUGGAGGUCAGCUUUGAAACUGAGGCAUCACUGGACUUCAUCACCACCGUCCAGUUUUCUGAAUAUCCCUUCCUGGUUUGCAUGCAGAUGGACAAAACGACCUUCCCUGUCAGUGAAUACCUGACCAAGUAUGAGAGCUUGUCAUCAGGGAAGAGCAUCAUGUCAAGCAAGAGCAAGAAGCAGCUUGUCCCGGGCUCUGAAUUCCCUCUUCACCAGGAGAACUCAAACAUGUGCAAGAAGGUUUUUGACUCCAGCUGGUAAAGGAGUGACCGUGGACUACCCAGGAGCAACCUGUCAUUCCAAUGAGCAGAGUAGUAUCACUAAGAGGAUCUAGUGCAUUCAGGGACAGCUAUCACAGAUCAUGCAGUGAAAACCAUAAGAGAGAAAGUGGUUAAUCUUCUUUCAAAAAGAAAAACACAAUGUUUACAUUCCUGUGAGUAUUUAAGACAUUUUUAAUUGGACCAUUUGUUUGAAAUCAGGAAUUUUUGCAUUGUCUUUUUAUGGGGUUUCCUUUAAAAUGUAUUUAUGAUGGGCUCAUACAGGGUGUGAUGUGUUUCACUUGGUGGGUAAUACUCAUCCAUACUGUAGUAUUCCAAAUACGGUUACAGUAAAGAUGUAUGUAAAUAUCCACGGGAGACAGUGGAUUAACUUGUCCCAAUGAAUACAAACGCUCCUUACUGUCAACAUUCCUUUGUUUUGUAAUUAAAUGUGUUUACUAAGAAGGAGAAAUGUAUUAUUUGUAUGUCACUGCAUCACUGUGCUCACACUUGAAAUAACUUAUUAAGCAGAGUAAAACAAAUGUAGCCUGUUCCUUUUUUUUUUAUUAAUCUGAACUGUCUUUAUUUUUAAGCCAAGGUGAAAAUUGAAUCCCAAAAAAAAAAAAAUAAUUAAUCAACACUUGAAUAUAUUUUUUGUACAGGCCUGUAAUCACUGUUCGUCUGAAAGAUGUGGGCUGGUUUAAGAUGUCUGAACUUCUCUGAACUUGUGUUUCCAUACAAGAGUUUAUUUUGUUAAAUCUGUAAUGAAAAUAAAUUUACACUGGAGACACUUUUCA